AGUAACAGUGACAUCAUGCGGCGAGGUCAUAAUGUUAUAGGCGGAUGGCGCAAUGAAAAUCCGAGGCAUUACAGACCUCGGAACGGCGGCAAUCCUCAUUUUAGAUCCUCAAGAAGUUAUGGCUUAUUCGAUCCACCGAGAUUCCCGCCACCGAGUUCAAGGUCAGGGCGACAACAAUUCUACGCUCGCUCAGAGAAACCUGAUCAAAGUACUUCAGAGCAUGGAGAUAGGAAUAGAUACAGAAUUAAUCGCUAUAGUGGUUAUCACCAAACUCAUCAACAUACAGAAAGACAUAUCCCAACAGUGCAGCAACAGGGAAGACACAGUAGUAAUGAUCAUAAAAAUACAUAUAAAGAUGCACAAAAUUUUUACAAAGACAUAUGUACUGAUAAUUUUCACAUAAAUAGCAUGGGAGAUGUGGAUCAUCGCCAAAUUCCACAACUGAGAGAUUCAUUUGUUAAACCGUACCCACACCCAUGGCAGACAGGAAGUAAUGUACAACAAAGUGUUCAUAAAAAUCAAAGUAUUGAAAGUGAUGAAGUGACUAAACUUUCAGCUGAUUACACAGGUCAUAGACCCCCUGCCUCUGACCACUUUGGUAACAAUCCUAAUAAUUCCCUCUCAUUCAGUAGGUCUGUAAAUGAUACUGUUGAUUUGAUUAGAAAAAGAUUGUUGAACCGUAAUGAACAACAGACUACAUCAGAAAAUUUUGAAAAUAACCAAAACAGAGUUGUGCUUCAGAAUAAUCACUCCCAAGGAGAAAAAACUAGCAUACCACCAAAACCUCUAAACCAGCAAGAAAGUCCCACUAAAAAGUAUCAACGGCAGCAGCAUAGUGAUAAAUCAAACUGUGCAAAAAUUAAAAAUAAAAUUGUUCAUCAGUUAUUCAAGAUGGACAAAGAUAAAAUUCACAAACUUAUGGACAACCCAAAUUCAUCAGAUAAAUUUGAAUAUGCAAUCAGCAGUCUAAUUACUGAGUCUCAAAACAGUUUUAACAGACAUUUGAGGUCAGCUGCAGAAAAAUCCCUAUGUAGUUCAAGUGCCGACUUUAUGCAAAAUGACAAUAAUACAAUAUAUGAAGACACAUUUAUGAAACAAAUGCAAUGUAUUUUAGACCCUCAAGAUACUAUACUACUUGAGGACAUUAAACCGAUAGUAAUGGCAGAAUUGUGUAAAGUUUUACAGAUUGGUGAAUUUGAAGAUCAACAUUAUAAUGUUGCUGAAACUGAUAACUCAUACUCGGUACACAAUGAACUACACAAUUUUAACAACUAUUCGAAUAAUGAAUAUUCAUAUAAGGACUAUAAUCAUGAGAAUGUUGAAUACAUGAAACCUGAGACCAGUGAAAGUAAAUAUAAACCUUAUGAAGAAAAUCAAGUUCCAUAUAAAAAAACUAACCCAUUAUUUGAAAGGAGAUCAAGAAGAAAAAGCUAUAGCUACAGUGAGGAAGGCUGUACUUCAUCAGAAACUUCUUAUUAUAAUAAAUCUAUUGCCGAUACCUGUGAUGAUGAAAGAAGGCCUGAAGCAUCACAACAGUUAUUCAAUACGAGUUCAGAACAUUUUUCAGAAGAAGAUGAUCCUUUUGCUGAAUUAGAUAAGCAGUAUCAUGUCGCUGUUGAUCCAGAUUUCAUAGAACAAGAUGAUAUCUCACAUCAUACACAAGUUACAGACACAUACAAUAAAAAUUUAAUGACUAUUAAAAUGGAAUCGGACACCUAUUCACCAGAAAAAAAAUCAAACUCAGUCACAGAAAGUUUAAGUAGUCAGACGCAAGGUGUAAUUAAUUCUUCAGAUGCAUUAAACAGAUCUUGUGAAUCAUUCAAUGAGAGAAAAGAUGAUGAUAAUUUACAAUCCAAGACAGAAAAUUUUACUAAUAAUUUACUUGUACAAGAUAACAAUUGUAAUCCAGUUACUAGUACUAAUGAUAGUAAAGAUGAGAAAAAUAAAUCACAGUCAAAAGAAAUGACAAAAGAAAAUGAAAAAUCGAUCCACAUUGCACCUAUAAUUAAGACUGCAACAACGUCUAACUCUCGCAAGCGGUCGACAGACCAAAGACCUUCUCACCGUAAAGAAAAACGAAAAAAAGUUGACUUGUGUCAAACUGAAUCAAAUAAGCAAAUAUUAAAUAAAAAUAUAAUAAUAAAUGUUAAUGACUGUGCAUCCAAGUCAUCUGAUAACUGUGAAGCCCCCAAGUCAAUAUUUAAUUUAUUUUUUUCUAAAGAAGAAGAUAAACCUGUAUCUAAAGAAAACAAGAAAGUUGGUUCAAAUGAUAAAAACUACACAGACAAACAUGUCAAGAGAAAAGAAACUUUAAAGAAAGAAAAUGAAAAGAAGCCCAAAACCAGAAAAGAUUCAACAUCCAGUCAAAUAACGAGUACUAGUGAUAAUAACGUAAAUAGUAAUAGCCAAGGGCAAACCAAAACAGAACCAAAAAUUACUUUGAAGACAAUAGAUAUGUUCACUGAGCAGCCGCGAAAAAUAAAUGUUCAUCACGCUCAUAGAAACACUUCUCAGACUCCAACUGUUGCACCUAAAACUAACAUUGACAAUACUCCUAAAACAAAGGGACCACUCUCUCAGCCACUAGUAAAAAGACACGUAGCUGUACAAGUUAUUAGAAAAGUACAUGUAAAAGAAACACAAACAGAAACAAAAAAAAUCGCUGUUAAAGCAGUACAGACUGACACAAUAGUUCCAGAAAGACCAUGUUUAAAAGCAACUGAUGCAUUUGAAAGAAUGAAAGAAAUUGAUUUAGAGAUACAAGUUUUGCUUCAAGAAAAAUUUAAACUGUACAAUUCAAUCGAAACCAAAGAUUCAGACACGAAUCCGUUGCAAACAUUGGGUAUGACAGUACUAAGUGUAAAUCAUUUCAAUGAGGAAGAAAAUGGACCAAUGCAAGAUGACUUAAGUGAAGAUGUAAUUGUGGAAGAAUUUGCAAACAUACCUGUUGAAGAGUUAGAACAGAUAGCUCUAGAAACUGUGCAAGAAGAACAAGUUGAAACACCAAAAGUGGAAAAAAGAAGCAAACGCCAAAAAGUAUCUUACCAGGAUUCACUCAAAUCAGAGAGUCCAACAACAGUUACCAGAAGGAAAGGUAGAAAAGCAAAAUCACCAAAUAUAUCUCUGAUAGAACAAAUUAUUACAGAUGAUAGGCCUCUCGAAGAUAUUAUAUCUCUAGACGAUCUGGAAGCUCCACAAACAACAAGAAGUAAAGCAAAAAAGGCACGAAAAACAGCAAAGUCAAAAGGAGUUGGGAAAACAAAAACCGUAAAAAGUGUCAUUCCUGAAAUUGAACUAAAGGAAUGUUCUGUUGUUUUAAUAAGAACAGAUCUAAGUAAUUACGUUCAAUUACCACAAACCGAAGAAUCUGAAAUCUCUACUGAAAAAGUUCUAAAAGAGGAUAACGAAGUUUAUGGAGAAAUGAGUCAAUCAGAAAUGCUUCAACUUAAUGAUAAUAUAGUUGAAUUUGUCGCAAAUCAUAUGCAAUUUGAUAUGUUAGACGUAUCUGAAGACAUAGUUGUAGGUGACAACUGUGAGGUAAAGAGCUUGGAUGAUAAAGAAAUUGCUGAAACUAUAUCUGUACCAAUCAGUGAAGAAAUUAUAUUAGACAAUAGUCAGUCAUCGAUGGAAGAUCUGACAGCACCAGCAGCAUGCCAAGGAGGAGAGUGUAAAAUGUAUGAUUAUUCCGCAGACGAAAAUCUCCGUCGUGAUUCUAUUGUCGUAACGGGCAAUGGUGAUGCUGUUCUCGCAAUUGAAUGUGUUGAAAACAAUUUCCUAGCGGCUUGUUUGGAUGGUAAUGUCUACUACUUUAGUCACGAAGGACAGCUCAUAACUACUUUGCGAGGAUCGAAUCUUGCGGUGACUUGCUUGACUAUUGUUAAGGAGAAAUACGGAACUACAGUAUAUACUGGCUCUUUGGAUUCUCGGAUACGUUAUUACGAUCUAGAGACGGGAAUAGAAAAAGGACCUGAAUGCAAUGUGCUGAGUCCCAUACAAACAAUGGAUCGUGCUUGGGACACUGUGUUUGUUGGUACGAGAACAGGAUUUGUUCUCCAAUUUGAGUGUAAAAACAACAUGCUCAUACCAGUUAGCACCGUAAAGUUUUCUGACCAGUCCAUCUUGGCCCUGAGAGCAAUGAAAGAAGGUCCGCGUAAGGUUCUCCUUGUAGCAGCUAGGUCUGAGAAUGUUACUAUAAAAGACGCUCAAACUGGUCUGCUUUUGAGGACACUGUAUGGACCAAAAAUGACAGUUUAUACUCUACUAUAUGAAGAUGGCAAGGUGUACUGUGGCACCAGCAGUCAUCAGAUACACGUCUUUGAUUAUACGAGCGGCGGUCACGUGGGCACGCACGAGGGGGGUAAGGGCGCGGUGUGCCUGCGCGCGAGCGGCGGGCUGGUGUUCGCGGGCUGCUACGACGGCUGCGUGUACGUGUACCGCGAGGGCGAGGCGCGGCCCUUCGCGCAGGUGCGCGGGCCCAGCCUCAUGCUGCUGUCGCUGGCCGUCGUCGGCGGCAAGAUAAUUGCCGGCUACAAGGACAGAAGUCUGUACAUAUGGAAGAUACCUCUUUGUAUAUUACAAGAAAUGAUACUUUAAUUUUCUACCGAUCUGUGUGGAUCACGCACUGUUAUAUUUUAUAGUUUCGUAUAUUUUUUUCUUCUCGCUGUAACAUUGCAUAAAAUAAAUAGUUUUAAUGGGUUA